AUGUCGCUCCCCGAGCGACCGGGGCCGGCGAGUCCUUCAUAUGAACAUCGGACUUCCUAUCGACAAUCGUCGUCGAGACGCGCCCGUCCUUCCGAUAUAGAAACUGGAUACUAUCCUGUUCCCGGCCGGAGGCAGUCCUCACACCAGCGUGCGCCAUCGGGAAAUUCUUUUGCUGAGACAAUUAGGAAUCCUAAUGCAACCACAGACAAAUCACCUCUUUCGCCGACUUCUCCGGAUGACAUCCCUAGUGGUGUACCGACACGCAAGAGGAGUCUCAUAAGACCGGAGAGGAACAGAAUCGACAAGGACCAUCCGAAUUAUUACUAUCGGCAACAUGCCGCUAAUAUGGAGACAAUUCCGUCCUCCACCGGAAACGAUCCUCUUUAUGAGGAGCUAGAAGCAAGGACAGAUUUAUCUGGCGAACGGACUAUCGAUGCUACUUCGGACAGCUCCCCUCCUCGACGGAAACCCAGCGGGGAUGACGAGAAGCAAAAACCCAAAGCAUCACAACGAAAACGGCAUUCGUCAGGACCCAAAAUUGCUAAAUCCAAGGAUGCUAAGCGGCGGAAGUCGCAAGAGACUAUUAGUCCUCCGAGCGCUUGGAACGUAUACUGCGCCAUCGUCACCUUCUGGUGCCCUGACUUUAUCUUAGGAUGUUGUGGGUUUAAUGCAAAGGAGCAAAAGAGGGCCUGGAGAGAAAAGAUGGGUCUCAUCAGUCUUAUUCUGUACAUCAUGGCUUUCGUUGGUUACUUGACCUUUGGCUUCCAGCAAACCGUCUGCGCCUCGCCUGGUAUACGUCUUCAUAUCAAUGAUGUUUCUUCUGGUUACAUGAUAUUCCAUGGUACUGCCUACGAUCUAACGAGAUCUGGUCACCCUCCGGCCGAGGGUAUCCCACUUCGCCAGGACGGUUCAUUUCCUAAUAUUUUAUAUGAUUUGCCUACUCAUUACGGCGGCAUGGAUGGCAGCUUUCUCUUCCAGAAUGUUAACGGUAAAUGCAAAGGCCUUGUUACAUUGGCGGACAAUUCGGACGUUCCGCAUAACGCUAACGACCCGGACGAGCUCGCUUGGUAUUUUCCGUGUACAGCGUUUAACCAAGAUGGUUCAUCUGAACCUAAUUUUACCUGGCCGUACGACAGUCCUGGUUACGCGUGCCACACUACUCAGAAAUCUAGAGAUACCUUCUAUCUUCAACUUCAUUCCACCGGCGAUGUGUUCUUCACCUGGGACGAUAUAAAGAACAGCUCUCGGAACCUGGUCGUGUACUCUGGUAACGUCCUUGAUCUAGACCUCCUUAACUGGUUCAACGAAGACGAGGUCAAGAUCCCGAACCGGUUCAAGGAGUUGCGAGAUAAGAACUCACCUGCCAACCAAGCAGUUCGUGGGCGUGAUAUCACCCGAGCAUUCCAGAAACCCGCCGACAAACAGAUAGCCGGAUGCCUCGAAGAGAUCGCAAAGGUCGGGACCGUAGAUACGGAUACGGUCGGGUGCAUCGCGUCCCAAGUAGUUCUUUACGUGUCUCUAAUCCUAAUUCUGUCCGUCGUUUUAGUAAGAUUCGGCUUAGCGCUGAUAUUUCAAUGGUUUAUCAGUCGCAAGUAUGCUGCUAUUAAGACCUCGCAAUCGGCCGAUAAGAAGAAGCGGAAUCGACAAAUCGAGGACUGGACCGAGGAUAUCUAUCGAGCACCACCACGCAUGCCCGGAGACGUGGGUAGCAGCUAUAUGGGUUCUGAUAGAACGAGCAAACGCACCAGCACCUUCUUACCGACGACGUCUCGAUUCUCAGCUGUCUACGGCACUGACAGGAACCCCAGACGACCACAGCCGACGACUAUGGCAAGCCAAGCCUCAACUGGGCCUCUACUUCACCCCAAUUCGAUGUACAAGCAGGGCAACGAUAGCAGGACGAGUAUGCUCCGUUCUGAUCCGUACGGUAGUACAGCUAGCCCGCUAGAUGGUUAUGGCCCCGCUGGAUUCAUCCACGAAGCGGUGGUGCCCCAGCCGCCUUCUGAUUACCAGCCUUUCGGUUUCCCCUUAAUUCACUCCAUCUGCCUUGUUACGGCCUACUCCGAAGGCGAAAUGGGUAUCAGGACUACUCUGGACUCGAUUGCCAUGACAGAUUAUCCAAACAGCCACAAGGUUAUCCUCGUUAUUUGCGACGGUAUGAUCAAGGGUAAAGGCGAGAGUAUGACGACACCCGAAUUUGUUCUUGGUAUGAUGAAAGAUCACACUGUACCUAUCGAGGAAGUCCAGGGUUUCUCGUACGUAGCUGUAGCCAGCGGUUCAAAGCGGCACAACAUGGCCAAGGUGUAUGCUGGAUUUUACGACUACGGUGCUAAGUCCGCCAUUCCGGUAGAAAAACAGCAAAGGGUUCCCAUGAUGCUAGUGGUCAAGUGUGGCACGCCUGACGAAGCUACUAAGUCCAAGCCCGGUAACCGAGGCAAGCGUGACAGUCAAAUUAUUUUGAUGUCGUUCUUGCAGAAGGUUAUGUUUGAUGAGCGCAUGACGGAACUCGAAUUUGAGAUGUUCAACGGACUUUGGAAAGUAACCGGUAUUUCUCCUGAUUAUUACGAAGCGGUUCUCAUGGUGGAUGCCGAUACCAAGGUGUUCCCCGACAGUCUGACUCAUAUGCUCUGCGCCAUGGUUCGCGACCCUGAUAUCAUGGGACUCUGUGGUGAGACCAAGAUUGCCAACAAGAGACAAAGUUGGGUAUCGGCUAUUCAAGUCUUCGAAUAUUUCGUCUCCCAUCACUUGUCUAAGUCCUUCGAGUCUGUUUUCGGUGGUGUCACUUGUCUUCCCGGCUGUUUCUGCAUGUAUCGCAUCAAAGCCCCCAAGGGCGCGCAGAAUUACUGGGUUCCUAUCCUGGCCAACCCAGACGUCGUCGAGCAUUAUUCAGAAAACGUUGUCGAUACUCUACAUCGGAAGAAUCUUUUGCUUCUUGGAGAAGAUCGAUACUUGACUACACUCAUGCUUCGAACUUUCCCUAAACGUAAGCAAGUCUUCGUCCCUCAAGCCGUGUGCAAAACUACCGUCCCCGACGAAUUCAGCGUUUUGCUCUCUCAGAGACGAAGAUGGAUUAACUCUACGAUCCAUAACUUGAUGGAACUGGUUCUCGUUAAGGAUCUUUGUGGUACAUUCUGCUUUAGUAUGCAAUUUGUCGUUUUCAUCGAGUUGAUGGGCACUUUGGUUCUUCCUGCAGCUAUCGCUUUCACCUUCUAUGUCGUCAUCUCCUCUAUCAUUGGCCCGGUACAAGUCAUUCCGCUAAUCCUCCUUGGCUUGAUUCUUGGUCUUCCGGCUGUCCUCAUCGUUGUCACGGCGCAUUCGUGGUCAUACGUCGUGUGGAUGUUAAUCUAUCUCUUGUCCCUGCCAGUCUGGAAUUUUGUACUCCCAACUUACGCUUUUUGGAAGUUUGACGACUUUUCGUGGGGUGAUACCCGAAAGACUGCGGGUGAGAAGACGAAGAAGGCCGGCAUCGAGUACGAAGGCGAAUUCGAUAGCAGCAAGAUUACUAUGAAACGGUGGGCCGAGUUCGAGCGGGAACGCCGAAUCAGGGACAACUACUGGGGAUCGAGAGAUAACGUAGCCGGCGGAGCUUGGCCCCCUUCGGGUCCUAAUAACGCACCGUACCAUCAUUCUUAUGACGACCAAUACUAUUCGGACGCAUGA